CUGGCGUCGAGCCGUGCUCCACGUGCUCUCGACUGUUCCCGCUAUUCCUACUACCUGGCGCUCUUUGAUAAGCCAAGUCUAUUUAAUUUACGGACACUCUGCUUGUGAUACACCCGUCUCUCAUAUACUUAUGGUGACACCCUGCUUAUUCUUUCGGCCUACUCUAUAGGUUCGCCCGAAAUCCCCAUCUCGGGUCAGCUCACCGGUCCGGCACGGGAUGGACCGCUUCGAAUACACACAGGUGUUCUCUUUCUCCUUUCUUCCUGGUGUCUGCAGCCAGGCUCUCAGCCGAACACCACGGCCCCGAGAUUCUUACUACUCCGAAUCCUCGGCUCCGAUUGAUGCCUGCAUUUUCGUCUCUCUCUUCACAUACCGCCUUGUCAGUCCCCUUCGGUCUCCGGCGGGGCUAUUAUGGAAGAGGGUAGUACCUUAGAGGUCGGAGCGACUCCCGCAGCGCUACAUCACUCCCCGACCCAAUUACAGCCGCAAGACAGCCGGGCGAAACCAACCGUUGCGUGCGUACGGUGUCGGGAUCAGAAGCUGAGAUGCGAUCGCGAGUUGCCUUCCUGUGUGCGGUGUCGCAAGCAGAAGGCCACCUGCAAGUACCCGCCACCGCCAGAUCGCAAGCGGAUUGCCCAAAGGACAAGUCAGGCUAGGGCAUCAGCGUUAGCAUCGAUCUCGAAAAGCGGGGAGCAUGCCCUUCGUCUGGACCCCCCUACAACCGCAAAGUCGAGAAAGAGGCAGCGCAUCCGCGGUGAUAGCACGAAGGAAAAUAGCCACUGUGACUCCGUACCCAACCCUAGUCCUGGCCCCAACUCCGAAGAGGGUGAAGACGAUGAAUUGCCUUCUACGGAAGUCGGACUGCUUCUUAUGGAAGUCUACUUUAAGCGAGUCUACAAUGCGACGCUGUUAUUCCACAAAGCUAUAGCCUUUCGGCUUUAUCGACAGAAUAGCCUGCCAGGCUACCUCCUCCGUGCUAUCUUCGCACAUGCCGCCGUUUUUCUUGAGCAAGUCGACUCGCCGUAUAAGCAAUACAUCAAGAUUUUUCCCGUACAUACACUCUUCGAGAAGUCCUGGUCAUGGGCGCGUUCCGCCAGUCAUGAAGUCCUCUCCCACGCCGACGAGCCCACGCUCGUACGGAUACAGGCGCUUCAAGUGCUGCAAUUCUACUACUUCUCCCGUGGCGAGACCCAGCGGGCCAUCGUCCACGUAUCUCUAGCCUACCGGCUAAGUCAACUCCUUGGAUACGAUAGACUACACGAGGAUAUAACUCUUACCUCGACGAGCCGCAGUCAGCGGUUCGAGCACGAGAUGAAAAGGCGGUGUUUCUGGGCGAGUUGGUGCAGCUCUUGCAUCGGCAUCAAGCAGCUGGACUUGUCGGAGGCAUGCGAGAAAGUUAUGGGCCUGCCGUUACCCGCAAGGUUCGAAAUGAGGGGGCCGGCGCAAGCAACGGAGCUCCAGCUGGGCCAGAAGAUGCAAGUUGACUGGAAAGUGCGCGAUGAGUCUUUGCCGUUGAGUCGCCGGAUGGCUGGCUCGUCUUCAUGCUCGUUAAUGGCGGAACUUGUUAAACUCUUAGGCAUCUGGACCAACGUCCAGGUUUUUAUUUCCGAAUCUUCCAGGUUCUCAAGCACACAACGAACAACCAAACUCGAGAAAUUAGUAAAGCUCUUCGAGCCAAUCGAACUUUCACUUCACCUACCACUCACCGAUAUCUGCGCUCGAGCAGAAUUCUACGACGAGAGUUCUGAGCUCCUCACGUCUGUCUGCUCCGUUUACUACUUGAGUCGACUUCUCAUGCACGCCUCCAUGGUCCCGAUGCUGUCUGGCUGUGCCGAGGAACUUCUGGAUUCGAGAGAAUCGGUGCGGGGUAAUCUCGACCUGGCUCUGCAGCACGCAUGCCGGUUUGCAGCGCUUCUGCAGCAAUUUGUUGCCGAGGAUCUAGAUAUAACCAGGUUGUGGCCCUUUAUCGGCUACGGGGCCUUCGUGGCAGGGAGCGUAUUUAUGGUAUAUUCGAAUACCGUGCAGCCGACCCAAUGUGCGAACCCAUCAGUCCAGGUUCCCGGACCGAAUUCCGAGGAAAUGGGCACCAUCCGAACAAUAUUACAAGUCCUGAGCCUCUAUUGGAAGCCCCUGCGAGGAUUGGCAACUAAGCUUGAUAGAGCGAUCCACACCGGCCAAUCGAGCGACCUGGGCUCUAUCGUCUCACCCACAUAUCCAUGGGAUGCGCGUCUUCCGCCCGAAGACGAUGCCAGAACUCUACCGAACAAGACUCUACAGAACAAGUCGAACCAGAGUGCAUCCGUAGCCCGGACCCCGCGCGUCGGCUAUCUCUGCGAAAGCCAGCUCGACCAGGGCGUAGGUCUGCACGAGAGCAGCACCGAAUCCGACCGAUCACUUCCGGAGCAACAAGUUUCUCUACGAGGGCGAGCAAGUACAGAAAGAGAGGUUUCACAGGCACCCGACUCUGGAUACCAGUCUGCGCUGGAGGGUUCACUCAUGAACAACAACGGAGAAUGCCUUUUCGAAACUGACUGGUGGAAUACAGUAGUACCAACGAUGAAUGGGUGGGAAUACUCGCCUUUAGUUGAGAUGUCGAGAGACCUGAUACUGGAAGGGAGCAUUGACUCCUUAUAAGUCAUAUCACGUGAUGUCAACCAACCGUAGUUAUUAUAACCAGAUAAUACACGUGCCUCAUCCUA